CUCUUUACCCCUGCCCCAACUUACACAGCCCUCCUCUCCUUGAAAGUAUUUAAAGUCGGCCGGAUCCUGGCUUGGUCUCUUCAAAAAGAUACAGAAGACAAGAAGAUACAUACAUUUCCUUCUGGAGACAGCUCAAGCCAACUGAAAAUUUCAAGGAUGCCAAUCUGGGGAGGUGGAGCCAAAUGUGGCGCAUGUGAUAAAACAGUCUACCAUGCUGAGGAAAUUCAGUGUAAUGGACGGAGUUUCCAUAAGACGUGUUUCCACUGCAUGGGUUGCCGAAAAGCUCUGGACAGCACAACAGUAGCAGCUCAUGAAUCAGAAAUCUACUGCAAAACAUGUUAUGGGAGGAAAUAUGGCCCCAAAGGAAUUGGCUAUGGGCAGGGCGCUGGCUGUCUCAGCACUGACACGGGAGAACAUCUGGGGCUGGAUCUACAGCAGCACUCACCAAAGCCAGCUCAUUCUUCUACCCCUACCAACCCUUCAAAGUUUGCCCAAAAGUUUGGGGAUGUAGAAAAAUGUCCUCGUUGUGGAAAGUCAGUAUAUGCUGCAGAGAAGAUAAUAGGAGGAGGAAAGCCUUGGCACAAGACCUGCUUCCGAUGUGCUAUUUGUGGGAAGAGUCUAGAAUCUACAAAUGACAAAGACGGAGAGAUUUAUUGUAAAGUUUGCUAUGCAAAGAAUUUUGGCCCUCCAGGAAUUGGAUUUGGUGGCCUCACUCAAAAGGUGGAAUAAGAUGCUUCUCACUUAGACCUAUCUAAAUAAGUAACAGUGAAAAAAUUAAUUUCUUACACAGUUGCUGUAAUAUAUAGUGGGAAAUCAUUUUUGGAAAAAUAGUAUUUUAUUCCUGAGCAUGAGAAAUCCAUUAACAUUGAGAUCUGAACUGUUCAUAAAUAAUUUCUGAAUCAAAAUUUCAUCAAUUGCGUAGUCUUGAUGCUGUUAUUUUUACACUUGUACUAAUUAAGCAAAACCCAAUUCCUAUUCUAUAUAUCAUACGCAACAUCAACGUUUUGAAGAUGCAUCAUGAAAUACAGGAUUUGAUUAUGAUUUGUCAGCAAGGUAACAUAGUUUUAAUGAUAAGUCUACCUACAAGUAUAAUCUCUACCUCUAUUGUUUUUUAAUUUUAACCCUCUCAAAGCUCUGUUGACUUUUUUGGGAAAAGUUGAUUGGUUAUUCCACUUCUAAGCAUAUUCUACUGAAGACAGAGCAACUUAUAGAUGUGCUAUACUGCAUUAAAGAUAAAAAUGUAAUUCAGUUGUGAGCACUAAGAUAAAUAUUUCAUUCAUCAGAGCAUAA